AUGAAAAAGUUCUUUUAUUAUUUUUAUCAUAUUACACGAUUUAACUCUCUUUCUAUCUCUCACUCUCUUUCUAUUAUCUCUCCCCCUCUCUCUUUCUAUUAUCUCUCCCCCUCUCUCUUUCUAUUAUCUCUCCCCCCUCUCUUUUUCUAUUAUCUCCCCUCUCUCUUUCUAUUAUCUCUCCCUCUCUCUUUCUAUUAUCUCCCCCCUCUCUUUCUAUUAUCUCUCCCCCUCUCUCUUUCUAUUAUCUCUCCCCCUCUCUCUUUCUAUUAUCUCUCCCCCUCUCUCUUUCUAUUAUCUCUCCCCCUCUCUCUUUCUAUUAUCUCUCCCCCUCUCUCUUUCUAUUAUCUCUCUCUCUAUAUAUUUCUAUUUUCUUUCUCUAUAUAUAUUUCUAUUCUCUCUUGCUUUCUCUCACUUUUGUUUCUCUCUCCCGUUUUCUAUUUCUGUUUCUCCCUCUCUUUUUAUUUCUCUAUCCCUCUUUCAAUUUUUCCCCCUUUCUCUUUCAAUUUCUCUUUUUCCCCUCUCUCUCUUUCAAUUUCUCUUUUCCCCCUCUCUCUCUUUCAAUUUCUCUUUUCCCCCUCUCUUUCUAUUUCUCUUUUUCCCCUCUCUUUCUAUUUCUUAAUCCCUCUAUCCCUUUAUCUCUCUCUCCCUUUCUAUUUCUCUCUCUUUUUCUAUCCCUCUCUAUUCCUCUAUUUCUCUCUAUCGCUCUCGAUUUCUCUCUAUUGCUCUCGAUUUCUCUCUCUUUCUAUUUUACUCUCUUUCACUCUCUCUCUCUUUCAUUCUCUUUCUCACUCUCUAUUUAACUCUCUCUUUCACUCACUUUCUUCCUGUCUUGCUCUUUUACUACUCCUUUUUCUCUCUCUCUCUUUUACUCUCUCUCUCUCUUUUACUCUCUCUCUCUCUCUUUUACUCUCUCUCUCUCUCUCUUUCUCUCUCUCUCUCUCUUUUUUACUCUCUCUUUUCUCUGUCACUUCUUGCUACCAUAUAUAUUGCAUAACGUUGAAAAUGUCUAUAUUUAUGGGGAAAGAGUGUUCACUGUUAGCGAUCUAA